AUGCUGCUGCACAGAUUCAAGAGACAUUACAGUCGUGGUGGGUGUCGUGAAUGCAAACGCCGGAAGAUCAAAUGUGACGAAGCGAAGCCGUCUUGCUCUGAAUGCACGCGAUUGGAUAAAGAUUGUUCUUACCCACAAGUGGGUGAAAAAGUGAUACGAGGGUCAAGUAAGGAGGCUGGAGGGAGCAAAAUACGGCAUGGGAAACGUGCAUGGAAUUUUCAAAUGUACAUGGGUCCUGAAAACCCAAAGAAAAGAAUGAGAUGGGAGAAGGUGUCUACCAUGACAGAUACCGCUGAAGCUAGCACGGACAACAAAAACAAUCCUGAUGAGGUACAUAGCGGCACCGUUCAAUCAAACAAUCUCAAUGGAAUAGACCUAUCCACCCGCACAAAUGCUAGUGCUGUUCCGCAGCUGAGAGACGAUGUCAGCCCUUCGUCUUUAUGGUCUGGCGAUGUUUACAGCAGCGACGAUUUGAACUUGUUGGCUGCAGAUUUAAACAACCUUGUGAAUGACAUUAUGUUCAACUCAAAUAUAGUACCCUCUACAGACAAUCAGGAAGAAUUUCCUGACCUUGAUUCGGGGACGACCUCAUCUUUAGAUAAUAUACCAAAUGGACUUCCCUAUGAUAUCAUGUUGGGAAAAACGGAUGACGAAAGACGAUACUUGAGCCAAUUUUAUGAGCGCUUCUCUCUGCAGAAAUUGCCUUUUGGAGUUGACAAUGAUGACCCAGGCUCGUACAGGAAUGCCAUUCGGGAAGUGGUCAUGCAGCACGCUGCUAAAGAACCUUUUCUUCUAGCAGCGGUUUUAUCACAAGGCGCAUAUUCAGCAUCAGAAUUUGAAGCUAAUGAAAGACAACGGCAGCACGAUUUGGAAAAUUGCGGAAAUUAUUUGACCAAUUGUCUAAAGUUACUUGUACCUGCGCUAAAUCGAACUCACGAAAAGCAGGUGAAGGGUGAUAUGACCUCCAAUAUUGAAAAUAUAUUACUCACAGUUUUGUCACUAGCGAUGUCCAAUGCUUGUAAUGAGAAGCAAAGUUGGCGUCCGCACUUGAAGGGGGCUAAGGAAAUAAUCAUGAAAGCUACAAGUAGCAAAAUUCGACUGUCGCCAACCUUGAUAUUGUGCAAAAUGUGGUUUGCUGAUUUUGAGGUUUUAGCAGGGCUAAGUUCUGGGAUGGGUGGUACCCUUGGAUCAAAAGACGAGAUGGAUUUAGUGUUUAAUUUCGAAGACCAAUACGAACAAUCUGUCUUGAGAAAUUUCGGGUUGGUACAAGAUAAUGGGUUUUGUGUGGUCACGGGAUAUCACAUCGUGUGUCUUGGAUAUUUCAGAGACCUUUGCGAUUUGCUUAGGCGAAAAAGAAGUGAGCCAGAGAAGAUCCCUGAUCCGUUCGAGUAUAUGGACUUAAUCAGUGGCUUAUAUGCACAAUAUCAAGUCAAAUUUGCGCGCUUAGAGUCGACUUCGAAGGGACCCGUCUUGCGUGGGUCAUUGUGCGACACGGUACAAAAGUCCGAUGGUACAUUUAAGACUGUUUCCUGGAUGGAUUUGUCUCAACAAGCGUUCACAUUAGCUGGCUUGGUAACAACAUUCACUCGAUUGCUUCAUAAUCCUCCUGAGUCGCCUCAUUUAAAAGGUCUAGUCACCAAGAUGGUGGAUUUGAUUAAAGUGUUUCAAGAUUGUAAGUCCCAGGAUAGCACAAGGUUUCCAUUUACUUUCCUGAUGAUCCAAUGGCCAAUAUCAGUUGCAGGUUUCGCCUGCACUGAACCGCUGCAGUAUUCUGUUAUUGAAAACUUUUUUGAAAUGUGCUCCCGAACUGGUUCGAAUAGUGCCAAUUUGACUUUGAACCGCAUUAAAAAGGUAUGGGAGCUUCGUGAGGCAGGAGAGGUUGUGGAUAGUAUUAAUGGAGAGGGAAAUGUAGAUAUAAUAUCGUAUUGA